AUGAAGCUUCCCCCCAACAAUGGCACAGGCCGCCAAAACCACUCUGACGACGAAGAUGAACCGGUGGUCAUCCCACCCUUCGACUCCUCUGCUCUGAUAGCAAGACUCCGACUUAUCCUCAUUGGAAGGAUCUUUCACACCGGUGGAAGAAGUACUGAUGCUCUCCUUGCUUUCAUGCCCAGAUCUGGUAUUUGGGAUGUUGCGGGAAGAGUGAGAGGUGUGGAUCUCGGAAAUGGAUGUUUUCACUUCGAUUUUGAAACAGAAGAAGAUCUCUUGAAGGUUCUCAAGAAGCGCCCUUGCCACUUUAAUAAGUGGAAUUUUGCUCUGGAAAGAUGGGAGCCAAAUAUCCGGGUCCGGGAUGAUUUCCCGAGCUGUGUAACUUUCUGGAUAACCAUCAGAGGUAUACCUCUCCACCUCUGGGUGGAAGAUGUUCUUCGAAGAAUUGGUAACGCUCUGGGGAUGGUGAAAGAAGUCGACGUUAAUGAUGGAAGAGUCUCGGUGGCCAUUGAUGUCACUAAACCUUUGAAGUUCAAAAAGAAGGUUCUUUUUAACUCUUCCGAGGAAAUCACUGUAACGCUAGAGUACGAGAGACUCUACCGGUUCUGUUCCAUAUGCAACAUGAUAUCCCAUGAAGCUCAUGCUUGCCCUACGCUCCCUGCUGCUGAACGGAGAAGAAGCAGUGAAACCAGACAGAUCCCGCCUCCAAGGGACAGUCGUCGGUUUAGAGCAUCUCAGCCAGAGGGAAACCUCUCUCUCACCAAUCCUAAUCUCGCUGUCAGACCAAGCAGAUCUGGCCGCGGCUCUUCUCAGCUCGAAGGUUCUGUUCGGGUGAAUGAGAACUCGAGCUCACUCCCUGAAAAGGAGGCUCCCAUUCCCUCUCGCUCCCUCUCUCAUCGACCGGUGCGGAGGAGCUUGUACCACGGUGACGAGAGAAUCCGACAAGAGGAGGCUCGUGGCUCUGUUUGGAAACGCUUAAGUGGAGAUCGCACUUCUCACAUUCCCCGUCACCGGGAGCAGUCUUCCCACUCCUCCGCUGGAUCUAGGAAACGUUGGCCUCAUGAGUCAGCUUCCAGUCACGAGCUCUGGCGUGAAAUCCAAAGGACUGAAUCUAAUCGGGGAAGCUCGCAACGUCAAGAAAAGGCGGCCUCUGUUCAGCGUCGCAACCGUUCUUCUCCGAGAAAUGAUCUCAGUUUUGACCAGUGGGGUAACUCGCGCCCGCCGAGACACCAGAACGGAAUCACAAUUAGGGAGCCAUCAUCCCCUGCUCCACCAGCUGAAAAAGCGGCUGAUCCCUUGGACAAAGGAAAAGGUAAAGCUGUUAUGGAAGAAGAGGAAGACGCCAACAGUGAUGCAGGCGAUUUCGAAUCCUCCCCUAAACUCCUUGAAGUGGGCUCCGCUUCAGGCGCAAUUCACUCUCCACCGUUCGGUGAGAUCAUCCCAGCCUUGGAGGAGCUUCACCAGAAACCUGUCUUUGGAUGCGAGAACGUAACUGAUGAGGCAAGAAGCAUGUUCGGCACAGACUCUGUCCCCACUGAUUGGGAGGAUCGUGCAGAUGGAAUGGAAGAAGACAUUGUGUUAACAGAGGAGGACUUGAGGAUUUUGGACGAGUGUGAGAGGAUGAUGAUGACUGAAGAAGCUAUGGAUGAAGAUGACCUGUUGGGAGAGGAUCACGCUGCAGGUGAAAGUGCGGUGAGUCUUGAGCGCACGAUCUCAGAAGUUGCCGUGCCGGUCACACAUUCCUCCGUGGUGGCUUCGGUAUUCUCCCAAUCUCCAACAAGCAAAAGAACUCGCUCUCCCGAUCACCACCAUUCAAGGAAGAGCCAGAAGUCCUCUCCUCAUAUUCCAAAAGAGAAACCAAGUCAAAAGAAGAAGAUCUCGAAGAGUCCUAAGGUGUCUGCUGCUGCUUCGAAGAAGCUCAAACCCUUCCAGAACAAGAGCCCUCCGAAGAAACGCUCAGGCAUGACAUCCGGAAAACAAGAAGUUGGAAGGUUCGGAGGAUUCUAA